AAAAAAAGACAAACUUGGUUUAGGUGGGAUCUUUUUAGAAUUCUCUUGUUAGUCCGACUCCCAAUUAAAAACUCUGAAAAUUCUGAAUUGUGUUUGGCGCCGUCUCCAAAAUCCACCAAAAUUCAAUUGUGUCCCGCCACGGCCACUCGGGAAGAGGGAGAUCCAAAUAAAAUACGAAAUUCGAAAAAAAGGCCCUCUCAAUUAAUCCCCUCUCCAUUUUCCCCAUUGGAGAGAGAGAGAGAACCAGAAAGAAACUCAAGUCAUCAGACCUCGAUUUCUCAGAUCUCUUCGCAUUUCCAUAUACGAUUCAAGCAGCCAUGGCUGUUAUUUCAAGCCCUAGCUCGAAAACAAAGUCCCCUGCACGGAACAAGAACGAAAGCAAAGCGACCAAGAAGAGAGCUCAGGCCGACGACAAUGGCGGAGAGCAAUCCAAACCCAAGCACCAGAAAUCCCCCAGAUUUCGUGUCGUCGGAAGCCGAAUCUACGAUUCCGUCAACGGCAGGAGUUGUCACCAGGGCCGUCAAAAAACCAUAGAUUUUGUGGCCUCUUGUAAGAGUAAGAAUGGGGAAAAGCCUUGCACUCUUCACUUCUGUCACAAAUGUCUCUUGAACAGAUAUGGAGAGGUAGCCAAAAAAGUGGAUUUGUUGGAUGACUGGAAAUGUCCCAAAUGCAGAGGCAUUUGCAAUUGCAGUUGCUGCAUGAAGAAACGAGGUCAUAAACCCACUGGUAUUAUGGUUCGUGCGGCCAAGGCAAUUGGGUUUAGUUCUGCUUCAGAAAUGAUCCUUGCAAAGGGGCUAGAAAAUUUGGAGCGUAGAGUUUCACCGAGGAAACAAGGAAAGGAAAACUCUUAUGAUAAAGACAAUGAUGCAAACUUGAAUACUAGGAAUUCCAAACCAAUAUCUGAUGGUAAGAGAGAAAAAAAAUCCAAGCGAGAAGGUUUAAAGGAAAUAAGUAAUGCCAAUAAAGAAGAUGGUGCGUGCUCAAACCUGAGUAGUCCUAAAAAGCCUAAAGUUCCAGAGGGUGCGUCCAAAAAGGAGUUGAAAACUGAUGUAGAGGAUGGUGUUGUCCCCUUAGUGAAAAAGAAAUAUAAGAAAAAGGUUUCAGAUGAGACUUCAAGGCCUUCAGAGAAAAAAGCAUAUGAAAAUGAAAUGAAAACUGAUGUAGAGGAUGGCAGUGUCCCCUUAGAGAAAAAGAAGUCUAAGAAAAGGAUUUCAGAUGAGGCUUCAAGGGUUUCAGAGAAAACGUCUGAAAAGGAGUUGAAAACAGAUGGAAAAGAUGUCAAUGUCCCCUUAGAGAAAAAGAAAUCUAAGAAGAGGGUUUCAAACGAGACUUCAAUGUGUCCUAUCAAGCCAUAUGGUAAGAGGAGGAAGGAUGGUGAGAUACACAAAGAUCUAGGAGUUUCAAAUGCUUUAGAAGAUGAUAAUGCUAAUGCCAAUGCUAAGGCUGCUGUGAAGUCUCGUGAAAUCAAGAAAUGUGCAAUGAAUCUUGAGCAGAGAGAAGUUCAUGUGGACCUUCCUCUGCCUCAGGGCACAAUCUUAACAUCUGUAUGGGGAAUUGACUUAUCUCCCAAGGAUAUGGGACUUGCGCUGCAGUUUUUUGAAUUUUGUACUGUGUUCGGAAAGGUUAUUGAUGUCUCGAGAAAUCAAGCUUCAUCUGUACUUCGAGAAUUAAAACGUGGAUCUAGUGGGCGUCGAGGACGACAGGGACAAUACUCCUCAGUAGUUCAUAUUCACAUCCAACUCUUGUCUCUUAUUCAAGAGGAUAAGGGAGACAAGUCCGCCUCAAUUACUAAAGAAUCAUGGCUUCGAGCUUUGAAGAAAUACGUAUCUGAGUCCAAUUAUGUAUCAAAAGAAAUGUUGCCAGCUUCAUUAAACGAUGAUGUUAACGGAUAUGAUGGUUUAGACUUCUCAAAGAAACUUAGACUCUUAACUUUUCUUUGUGAUGAGGCUCUUGGUACAACAAAAUUGAGAAGUUGGAUUGAUGAGGAAUAUUCCAAAUUUGUUGAAAGAGAGAAAGAAUCAAAAGAAAAGAUUGGUGCAGCAAAGAGUAAGGAGAAACUUCUCAAGCAGAAGUUGGAGGAUGAGGUUGUGAAAGCUAUUAUUGCGAGAAAUGGUGCCCCCAUCUCAAUUUCAGACCAUGAAGCUCUUAUUUCACAGUUUAAAAGUGAUGUGGCGCAAGUUCAUGCUGAGAUGCUCGAGGCACAAGGAGUUGUUUCUAAGAGAAGGCCAAGACUUGAUGCUAUGAGAAUAGAGCCUUAUCUUUUGGAUGCCGAGGGUCGUGUUUUUUGGAACUUAAGAUGUUGUGGCGGUAAUGAGCUGUUACUUCAAGAUAUGGGGACCUGGGAUGUGAAUGCAUCAGCUGAAAAGUGGACUAUCUAUGAACGGAAAGAAGAUAUUGAGGAAUACAUUUCUUCAGUAAGGGCAAAAAGGAUAAGGAGUUGUAAAAUUGCUCCUGCUUAAUUAGUGCAAGUGAUGUAGAAGAAUUAUAUUGAUUCUUUGGAUAUUUCACCACUUUAGGCCAUAUAAUUGGGGCUAUAUGGGGAGUCAAUUGCUGUACUUCCUUCAGGUGCGCUUUUUUCGCUGCAUCAUUGAUAACAUAAACGUGAAAGUGUCCAGAGAAUUUAUCUCCUACUGUAUAUUUUUGACAGCAUCGCUUGUUGUAUGAGGCCGGAUGAUUUUAAAUUUGAGAGGCAGAAUGUACCAGGAAUGGAUUUAACCCUUAACAGUUGUUUAGCAUGUCAGCUAUAUAGUACUUUGCUCACUUUCGAUUUGUUUUUUGUCUUUUUUUUUGAAUCUUUGUUGAAAAUGUGGGAUAUAGCAUCGCUUAUUAUGGACUAUGUAAUACCUUGUAUAACAGUGAAAAAAAUUGGCAAGGCUUUAAUGUUUGUUGGAAAUGUGGAAUGGAGCAU